AUGGGAAGCAUUGCCGCACCAGACGCGGAGCAACAAGAGGAAGUCGAACAGAUUUCGCAAGACCUGCCCUUGGCCAGGCAUCCUAUUCCGGAGCCUAGCGACAAUGAACUCUAUGUCAUGAAAGUUCCCCGAUUCCUCGGCCUCGAACCAAAGGCCUUCGCAUUGGAAAAUUGGCAACCGCCGACGACCGACCAUCAUAGCAGGACCGGGCCAUCGCAGCAAUUCUCCGCUUUCAAGACCGCGACCACGACGCUUAGAUGGCGCCACUCGCCCUCUGAUCACUCAAAGCUACAGUCAAACGCGCGUAUUCUGCGCUGGUCUGAUGGUUCUCUCACGCUACAACUCGCCUCCGACCCGACCACGCAGUAUGAGAUCGACGGCAAGCCUCUGGCGCCUCCUCAAUAUAACCCUGCAAAGCCUACUCCGACCAGCGUGCGCGACAAGAGAGUUGGACGUGCGCCCGCCUACGACCCAGGCAAGGAUUCCUUUACCUACCUCUGCUCGCCACACCCAGCCCAGCAGUCCAUGCGCAUCACAAACAAAGUCACCGCCGGCCUUUCCGUCUUACCCUCUUCGGGAACGACCGACGACGCGUUGGAGCGGCUGCAGGAGUCGCUCGCUGCAGCCGCCAAAGCCCGUGGUGGCACAGGCGCCACAAUCAUCAACAUGUCCGAAGACCCCGAGAAGAAAAAACGCCAGGCCGAGGCGGCAGAGAGGGAGAAGGACCGCGCAGCGAAGGCGGCGGAGCGUGCAGCCAGCCGGCGUCGGGAGAAAGAGGACCGCGCGUUAGGCCGCAGUGGACUGCGCACUUCUGGCUACGGUGGUGGUUUGACGAUUGGCGGGCUCGAAGACGAGGAUCGCCCGGCGCGUGGAGCCCGUACACAGAAACCUCUUCGCCGUUCGAGGCACGAUUGGAGCGACGACGAAGACUAUGGACGUCGGCGUGGCAACAGAGAAGACGAAUACGACGAAGAGGACGACUUCAUCGCUGGCAGUGACGAGGAGCCGGAGAUGGCUGAGGAUGAAGAUGAAGACAUUGAUGAGGGCAUUGAGGAGGAGAGACCGAGGAGGAGAAGCAGCCCGAAGAGAAGGGCAAGCGAGGCGGCCGAUGAAGAUGAAGACGAGGAAGUCGUCACUUCUUCUAGGACCAAGCGGAGGAGGGUCGUCGAGGAGGACGACGACGAUGAGUAA